AUGUAUCUAUCUAUCUAUCUAUCUAUCUGUUUUCAUACCUUUAAUCCCAUUUUUCUAAGUUUUUCCAUUUCUAAAUCCGUUUAUUUUUUAAAUGUUUCCUUUUCGGAAAAUUAUGGUUUUCAUGUCCAUUUGUAUCGAUCUAUCCAACCCAAUCUGUUCGUAUCUAUCUAUCUAUCUAUCUAUCUAUCUAUCUAUCUAUCUAUCUAUCUAUCUAUCUGUGUGAAUCUUUGCAUAUCUAUCUUAGUAGACUAUUUAACAAUCAUAGUAGGCAAAUAUCUAAGUAAACUCCUAACGAUUCAAGUAAGGAUCUAUCUAUCUAUCUAUCUAUCUAUCUAUCUAUCUAUCAGCAUGAUUGCAUCUAUCUACUUUUGUAUACGCACAUGGAGGCACAGACGAUAUUACAAUAGAGACAUAUCUACCUAUUUAUCUAUCUAUCUACAUACGUAUCUAUCAAUCUACAAACCUACUUACGUAUUUAUCUAUCUAUGUAGUGGACACAUAUCAAGUAGAACCAUAUCUAUCUAUCUAUCUGCCGUUAAUCUCAUUUUUUAUAUUAGACUCAUAUUUAUCUCAGUAGAAUUAUAUCUAUCUAUCUAUUUCAUUUUUUUUCGUAUACAACGAAGGUUGCACCGCUUCAGCUUCGGCAUCAACUUCUAUUCGCAUUCUUACAGCAUUUCUUACAACCCCUUCAAAUGGCUCUUCUACACGACGAACAUCCGAACAACCUUAGCACGUCAGCAACUGAAGACCCUAAUACCGUUAACGUUAAAGCAUCACCAGAACAGGCGACUGGAAGGAGGAUUCCAUCGAAUAACUUCGGUUACAGAUGAUCAUAUAGCGUCUACUUCAAACUCUGCUUUGCACUCUUCUGAGUGCCGUGGCGAUGACCGACCCGGCAGCUUUGCUAAGCGUGCCAAAAUACCACGGCGAGGCAACCUUAGCAGGCAUUCUAAAAGAACCUCUGCGGCAAAGAGAAAGCGAGAGGAGGAAACGGAGAUAGAGGCCUCUUUGAGGCUUUCCAGUCAAUCUCAACGGAGGCCGUAUGUUUUGUCACAUGAAACGCUUGGUGAGCAUAACUACCGUUUGUACUGCAAAUCAGUUUACACAUAUUCGUUGAAAAGUAAGAGGAAACUACCUAAACGCUUGCAAGACAACAAAAAAGCGGCUUCAUUACAAGCGCUUUUGCGGUCUCGACAGAGCCCGCAUCGAAAAGCUACUCGCAAUGCAGCCGACGCCGCUGCAACUUCCAUUCGACAGUCCCAGGAGUCCACGGUUGAGAAAACCGCACGUAACGCAGCAAAAGCUGCGGCAUCGUCCAUUCGACGGUCCCAGGAAUCCAUGGCUGAGAAAACCGCACGCCAUACUUCUGCUGCGAGGGCGUCGGAAAGUUCCGCACAAAAGCGCACAAGCCGGCAACGCGAUGCAAUUUCUACUCCCGCUGCUAGAGCUAUGACCUCUUUUGGUGGUAAUGCCUUCCGCGAAGUCGGUUGGAAUCCCACCUUCAAGGUUCAAGGUCAUGUUUACCGCCGGAUUGGGUCUAUUUUGCCGGAAACUGCCACUGAUUCGGCCUUUCUACAAAUAUACUUCAUAGCUGACUACAUUCAACAGGCAGAUGCCCGCAUGGGCAUUAUUCCCGAGAACGAUACAGGCCAGGACAAUCAUCCUCGCAGGGAUAUCAUAAUGAGUCUCCAACAAAUGCUCCACGAGACAAACAGCUAUGUCCGCAGUUUUAAGUAUGCUCUCGAAAAUAACUCUUCUUCUGAUUUCAUUAUUGUAAUUGAUGCUGAAAAACGGCCUCAGGAAGAGCACGAACGUCGUUACAAUGCUCCCGCAAGUGACGAAGUUUCCGUCAUUGUCAGCGGUGAUCAGCACAACAGACGUGACAUUGUUAUCGAAUCACACGGCAGUGGGCUCCGAAGGAUCAGUGAAAUGCACAGGUCCUACGAUGCACUGCAAUACCCACUUUUCUUCCCUUACGGAGAAGAUGGAUACCACUUUGGCAUUCUGCCAAAUAGGUCCACCUUAAAAACAGUGUCUUUCAGGGAUUUCUACGCCUACCUAUUGAUGGUACAUGAGGUAGACAUGGCGGCUAAGAUGGAAUCCGAAAGACUCUGUUACAUCAGAUUGAAUCAGACCAAGUUGCACUGCGACUCUUACAUUCACCUCCGUGAUGCUUUACGAAAUGACGCUGAUCCACGCAAUAUAGGCAAGAUGUGCAUACUACCUGCAACGUUCACAGGCAGUCCACGAUACAUGAACGCGAGGACGCAAGACGCGAUGACAUACGUUCGUAAGUACGGCCGACGAGACCUUUCACGUGUAACCCAAAAUGGGGGCGUCAUUAGCAGCACAGAGGGCCAUUGGCACAUACUCAGCUUCUCCAUCCACGAACGCCUCCCAGCAACCGUCCAGCUUGCUGUGCACCUAGAAAACGACGAACUUCGUAAUUUUUCAGCAAUGGAUGUGGCUGCGCGUACCAAAGACACAACGCUUACAGCGUUCUUCAAACUUUGUCGACAGGAUAAUUUGUUGGACUCUACUGUACCCAGACGUGCCUUCAUACUACGUGUGGACAAAAAAGAACACCUGGGCUCGGCGGAAGUGCGGGGCCAGCGUCGAGGGCUAUCCAGGCGUCAAAAAAGACACCACACUCGGAAGGGUCCCCCCAUCGCGACAGGAAUGUUUUUACUUGCGACUCCUUUUGCACGAAACGACGACAGCCAGUGGGAUGCCACAAUGGCUGAGGGAGCCGAAAAAAUGCCCUCUGCUUUGCGCCACCUCUUCGCCACAGUUCUCGGUUUUCAUCACUAUUUGUAUCUAUCUAUCCAUCCAUUCCAAUCUGUUCAUUAUCUAUCUAUCUAUCUAUCUAUCUAUCUAUCUAUCUAUCUAUCUAUCUAUCUAUCUAUCUAUCAGCAUGAUUUACUGAUAUCUAUUUAUCUUAGUAGAAGCAUAUCUAUCUUUAUAUCUAAGUUGAACCUCAUCUGUCGAAGUAGAACCAUAUCUAUCUAUCUAUCUAUCUAUCUAUCUUAUAGACAUAUAUCUAACAUGAUAGACAUCUAUCUAUCUAUCUAUCUAAUAUCUAUCUAUCUAUCUAUCUAUGCAGCUGAUUAUCAGGAAGUAAAUUUUGAAGAUGAAGGCCCUCUAAAGAGAAUCGUAUGUCUUCUAGAGAAUAUGCAAGGUGUCAAUAUCAUUGUUAACUCAACUGACAAAUCACUUAAACUUUCAAGAGGGGGUAAAAUAUCAAAAACAAUAUUGAGAUAUGGAGGAAAAGAAAUACAAGAAGAACUCAAUGAAAAAUAUCCCAAUGGAAUCCAACCUGGUAAAGUUGCUGUUACUAAUGGAUAUGGCCUUCCUUUUAAUUAUGUCUAUCAUUGUAGCUUGCAAGGUAUAAAUAACAGAGUUUCUCAUCAUGAAAUAAGAGAGGUUGUUGCUGAAUGUCUUCGGAAAGCUGUAGAUCAACUCAGGCAUCCAACAAUUGCAUUUCCAGCCAUUGGAAUGGGUGAGUCCACAUGUUCAUAUCUAUCUAUCUAUCUAUCUAUCUAUCUAUCUAUCUAUCUAUCUAUCUCAGUAGAAUAUUUAAUAACCUAUCAUAGUAGACACAUAUAUAAGUCAACUUCUAGCGAUCCAAAGGAAGUUCUAUCUAUCUAUCUAUCUAUCUAUCUAUCUAUCUAUCUAUCGAUAAGCAUGAUCGCAACUAUCUCAUUUUGUAUACGCACAUGUAGACACAGACGACAUACAUGCUGCUUUCUAUCUCAAACUAUCUUUGUCAAUAAUCAUAUCUAUCUAUCUAUCUAUCUAUCUAUCUAUCUAUCUAUCUAUCUCAGUAGACCCAUAUUUAUCUAUCUCUGA